AUGACAACGGCUAAGUUAGAUGCAGAAGUCUCCAAUCCGAGUGAUUUUCAAGGUACUUUGAUUCCAGAGAUCGCUGAUAUUGACAGUUUGCUAAGAUGCCAUAUUUGUAAGGAAUUUUUACAAACACCUGUUCUAGGUCAUUGCGGGCAUACUUUUUGUUCCCUGUGCAUACGUACUUAUCUGAACAAGGAGGCCAGAUGUCCUCUAUGCUUGGUCGAGCUAAGGCAGAAUAUGUUACAAAAGGAGUUUUUAUUGGGUGAAAUAGUUGCUAGUUACAGUAGAAUCAGAGGUCGAAUGUUAGAAAAUCUUGAUAAUAGGCAUGCCAAACGUCCUGCCCAACAGGUUGCCAAAAGUUCUGCAUCUAAAAUUGAAAUUAUAUCAGACGAUGACAUACAAAUAUUAGAUAGCGGGCAAUCUUCAUUUGACAUGAAACGCUCAGCACCUGUAACCACAGAGUUCGAAGUUAUCUCUAAGAGGCCAAGGGCCAAAAAAAAUGGUAUUCAAUCACUGCUGAGCAGGAAAUCAAAGAUCAGAGAUAAUACUGUUGAAUGUCCAAUUUGCAACAAGUCAUUCUCGAAGGAUUUUCUUGAACGCACCCAUUUAGAUGAGUGUUUAACAAUGGAAACGUUGCAUGAAGAUAGUGUGGCCAUUGAUAUACCCCAAAGUACUGUCCAGUGUGUCCCCGAAGAACAGAGAAUACCUGAGUCCAAUUGUGAUUCUAGUAACUCGGGAUCAUCAUCUCCUGUAGUGGCUGGAUUAGAACAUCAGAAGACUCCACCAACAAUGGAAGAUAUUACCUCUCAUACAAAUUUGUACCUAGAAUCGGGCUUAAGAGAUACUAAGCCACGGCUCCCAAAACUGCACUUUGGUUCCCUGAGUACCAACCAACUGAAGCAGAAAUUGUCUGAACUUAACUUGCCUAAUACAGGUUCCAAACAACAGAUGAUUAACAGAUAUAAUCAUUAUGAGCUUUUAUGGAAUAGUAACUUUUUAGAUUCGAUCCAACCUGUUUCUGAACUAGAAUUGAGAAAGAACCUUGCUAAUUGGGAGUCUACUCAUAAUACAGAUAAUUACGGAUCCAACUGUAACAAUUUUGGAAUUGCAGACCUUUUAAGAAGCAAUUUAAACCACAACUUAACGGCGUCAACCCUUUUGAAAUCGUUCAAAUCUGACAGAUUUGACAAGGCUGCUUGGAUCAAAUUGUUCAGCAAAGAAUUCAAUAAACUAAUUCGUGAAGCUAGAAAAGGUCUUAACAAACAGAAGGAACAGAAGUUGAACACACCUGAAGUGGUCAGUUCAACUGAGGCCGCAGAAGAAGCUGGUACCAAAUGCAACGAACUGGCACUCCGAGAUACCAAGAGCCAAUUACCUGGUUCUUGCCCGAGCAAGGAUUUAUAA